GUGGGAGCGCGCCCGUUUCGAGUUCCAGACAGAGACGCCGCUGUUCGUGCGCGUCAGGGCGCGCGGUUCGAACCCGCGCCUGGAGGCGAUGCCCCCGGGAAAGCAGCUGCGGCCGGUGCUGAAGCUGAAGGUGGACGAGCUGUUCCUGCGCUGGCUCAGCGAGGCCGCCACGCAGCGCGCGCUCCGCGAGUGUCUCCGCCAGGCCCGCACGCCCGCCGCCGUCCCCCGCCCCGGGCCGUGCGGAGGCCGCGAGGACGAGGGCCGCCCCCUCCCGCGGCCGUCUCCCGCCGCCUGCGCUCCAGUAGGUAGCUGCAUCCCGGCUUCCCAGGGAGAGCGAAGGGAGCACGUCCAGGGCCCGAACCCUCGGCGAUGCCCCCAGAGCCUCAGGAGUCUUCAGGGACACCGCUGGGGCGCUGAGGCCCGGCUGUCCCCAUCACUGCCCCCUGCUCACGCCAUCCCUGCCUUCCACUUCCCAUUCGGGCGGCCCUCUGGGACCACUGACCUGGAUGCUGCUGUCACACGUGUGAAGACUGCCUUCUCUGCCUUCCCCCGGCAGCGAGCCUUCCUGGCUGACAUGAGUGUUGUGGCCAAGGCCUGUAGCUGCCCGCUCUACUGGAAGGCAGCCCUUUUCUAUGGUGCCGGUGGCCAGCGUAAGGGCUCUGUGUCUGUCCACAGCUUUGUGGCCAUGUGGAGGAGGCUACUCCAGAGCUGCCAUGACCCUGCUGCCCGGUUCCUACGCCUCCUCGCCCGCCCUGGGGCUGACUAUCUGGAGCCAGAUGACCUGCUGCCCUUUCUGCAGGAUGUGGUUGACACCCACCCAGGCCUGGCUGCGCUAAGGGAGGUACCAGAGCACCAGUCACCCUACAUCUCCACGGUGGUGCAACGCAUCUUUUACUCUGUGAACCGCUCCUGGUCUGGACGCAUCACAUGCUCUGAGCUGCGCAGGAGUGACUUCCUGCAGCAUGUGUCGCAGCUGGAAGUGGAGCUCGGUGGCUGCUUCUCCUACAAGGACUUCCGGGUUGUCCACGCCAAGUUCCAAGAGCUGGACACAGAUGGUGACCUGCGGCUGCGACCCCAGGACUUGGCACGCCAUGCAGACCACGCCAUCUCUAGCCGGAUGAUUGACAGGCUGUUCUCUGGCGCUGUGACUCGGAACACAAGGACACAAUUGCCACAGGAGGCUGGGGAGCGGACAAUGAGCUACGGGGAUUUCGUGUGGUUUCUGCUGUCGGAGGAGGACAAGACCACGCCCACCAGCGUGGAGUACUGGUUCCGCUGCCUGGACGUGGACGGGGACGGGGUGCUGUCAUGUUGGGAGCUUGAGUUCUUCUACACCGAGCAAUGCCAACGCCUGCUUGACCUGGGCGUGGAGCCACUACCCUUUCCAGACUGCCUCUGUCAGAUGCUGGACCUUGUGCAACCGCGCCACCCUGGCCUUGUGACCCUUGGCGACCUGAAGCGCUGUGGCUCUGCUCCCACUUUCCUAGACACCUUCUUCAACCUUGACAAAUACCUGGAGCGGGAGCAGCAGGAACCAGCUGGGCCCAGGGAAGGUGAGGAUCCUGUACUGACCACGUGGGAGCGCUAUGUGGCUGCUGAGUUUGCACUGUUGGAGGCCGAGGAGGAGCAGCUGGAGGAAGAGGAAGACAGGUCGGAAGUGGAGCUCAGCCCUCAGACCCGGCCCCACUUCUUCCCUCCACCUGUUGCACUUGGCCUGUUUGAGGAAGAAGAGGAUGAUGUAACUUACUAAGGGCUGGCAGGUGUGGGGUCAUGUGUGUUUAUAUAUUUGAUAAACUUGUUCAAGCAAGCAACUGUUGUGAUGUCUCCAACCUGCCUCUGGCUCUGCCUACUCUGUCCAGACACACCCACAUGUACCCAGGCACUGCCCCCAUCACUCAUCACAAGAUACCCUCAUGCUCAGGCGCCGCCCAGAUGGUUUGUCAAUUUAUGCGGGACACACCUGCAAAGCCUGGCUCCACAGAUCGAACUAGAGCCAGGGUUGGGUUAGGAUUGAUUUUGUGGUUAGGGCUAGAGCUUAGGGUUGGAUUAGGAGUAAGGAUUAAGGGAUAGGAUUUAGGAGUUUGGGUUAGGUUAGGGGUUAGGGCCUGGGAGCGGCUGUGGCUCCAGCUGGCCGGGGAGGGGCUGAGGUGGUCACACAUGGUCUCCUAGGGUCCCGGCCCAUCUGUCAUGCUUGUGCCCCGAGCACCCCGAACCUGCUGCCAUAUUGCUGGGAGCGGGCCCAGCGGCUGGCUUUGGCUGCAUUUCAUGAGUUAGAAUGGUCCUGUCUUUUGGGUGAAGCUCAGCAAACCCCUGGACUCCAAUGGGAUUGUGGGAGGUAGGUGUUAAGCUAAGUUAACUAUUAUAUUUUACCCGCUAGAACAGGGGACUGGUUGGGAAAUGGGCAUGAGUCAGGCUAUUCUUGCCUGACUUGAUGGUUUUUGAUUGAGAACUGGCAACCCAUUUUCUGGUAGGAGUAAGCCACUUUAAAGCUGAUGAAGUUUGGUAAUGAAUCAAAUUCUUAACAAAGAAGACCAAAAAGGAGGGAGAAAAAUGUUAUCCUGGUGGCUUUCAUGGGCCAUGGAUAAAAUUAUACAGAAGUUCAAAUCAGCUCGGUUAACUGGUAUAAUGUAAAGCAGGAAAUACCCUGUUUUGCUUGAAACAGUCUGUUAGUGGUGGCAAAAAAAAAAA